CAGGUGUGUUCAUUGCUUAUUCAACACACAAAUGACUCUACCUUGUGCAGUGAGUGAAAGUCGUUUGAAGUGUGUCAUCUUAACGCUAAAGUGCACAGCCAUAUGAGAUUAAUCUGUGAAAAAAGUAUCCUUCUUGAGGUUGAAAUAAGACGAAGAGACAGUGAGAGGUUAACCAAAAGUGAAUGAAUCACGAGCGGGGUGUAUGGAGUAGACCCACUGAGGCGUGGACACGUCCGACCACUUGAGGGGUUAUUGUAGCAAAUAUGCAACAUGGCGACCACAGAAGGCAGCAGUAAUGGACAACAUUCUCUCUCUCCUUCUGAACAGAGAGGAAAGUCGCGUCUGGCGUCCUUGUUUGAGUCGCCGUCAAAUUUACAGAAAUGUCACAGGUGUGAAGCGACCGUAUACCAAGCCGAGAAAAUCGGCCCAGUGAAAGGAGUGGUGUUUCACAAACAAUGCUUUCGCUGUAAUCAGUGUGGCCAGCAUCUUACACUGAAGAACUACACCACCAACCAAGUGGAUGUCAGCGACAAGAAUGUCUACUGUCAGGUCCACGCCCCGAAAACCGUGGCCAAGGGGUUGGGAAAUGAAGCCAUUGGGAUCAGAGGCGCUCUGGCCCAACAGAAAAUGCAAAGUGAUUUGGGCAAAAAGGGGAACAUCGGACAGGCCCCCCUGAUCGAUGCCCAGUCUUUGGCAAUCAAGGGGGCUCUACACGCUCCAAAGGCUGGAGGAAGAGUGAACGAACAGAUUCACCAAGGCGCUACGGCGGGACAUAUAGAUGCCAAUGCGCUACAUAUCCGAGGGGCGCUUAAUACCCAGGCCCAGUACCAAAAGGGAGGCAAGAUGCCACACGGGGCACAUCAGUACCCAGCCUACGUGAUUGAGAAGAAAGGCAAGAUUAUUGAAGCCCAAAAAGUACUUGAAGAGCGUCAGCGUCUGGAGGAAGAUGCCUUGUACAAAACGUUCCGCGCAGAGAGAGAGGACGAAAAGAGAAAGUUAUCACAGGAGCUUGACCAAGAGUGGGAAAUUAAACUCAAAGAUCUCACAGAGAAGUUUGAGAAAGAGUUUGGUAAAAAGGCUCCGAAGAAAGGGAAAGAGGGCGAUUUCAAGGAAAACAAGCCCGGGGUAUUCUCGGAGCAUCUUGAAAGGACCAUGUCUCCGGAUGAGCUCGCUCGAAUAAGCGUCAACAAAUCAGCCGACAAAUCUGUGGCUUUCACUGAUGAUCUUGAGAAGACUUUGUCUCCAGAUGAGCUUGCACGUGUCAGCCAUCUAACGAUGCAGUUCGAGCAACAGAAGAAAGAGCUUGAGAACAGCAUGACUGCCAAAAGAGAUAACAAGAAGAAGUACAUGACACUGAAACUGGUGCAGAAGGAGCAGCAGUUGGCGGGCGAUUUAGUGGCAAAACACAGUCAAGAAAUGUUGGAACUGAUUGCCAUUAAACAAAAAGAAAUCAAGCAGGAACUUCAGCAAGAGAUAGAAAUGGCAAAGCAGGAAAGCGUGACUUUGGAGAAUGGUCAGGUCAAUGGCGGGGAGGUGGCCAUGGACGACCUCAUCAUGCAGGCCGAGGAAGCCCUUAAAGCAAUGUCCACAAUGGACGAGUUGCCCCCUCCCAGACCAGCAGCUUGUAAGAAACGUGAACUCUAUGAGGACCCCAGCGUAUUCACCGACUUGGACGAAUACGUGUUUAAGAUUGCCGAUAGUGAACACUCUACAUGGACUGAUUUGGUCCAGCAACUGACAGCACCUUGUCUCAGCGACCUGGAGAAAGUCAGGGCAAUAUUUCGCUGGAUCACGGUGAAGGACUUGAAUGUGAUCGAGUUUGAUGAGACGGUGGUGGAGGACACCCCACUGGGUCUGCUCCGCGGAAUAAAGUACGGUACAGAAACCUACCACGUGUUGUUCAUGAGACUUUGCAGUUACGCAGGUCUGCAUUGUGUUGAAAUUAAAGGCAAAUCCAAGAGCGUUGGCUACGAACCAGGCAUGAAGUUCCGUGACGAUAUGUUUAACAAUACUUGGAAUGCAGUCCUCGUGGACAGGCAGUGGAGGCUGGUGCAGUGCAACUGGGGAGCAAGACAUCUUGUGUUAAACAAGGAUAACGAAGCCGCGCCGGCUGUGGAAAAGUCUGAAAAGAGAAGAGACAAAAUUCGCUACCAGUAUGAUGAGCAUUACUUCCUGACAGACCCAGAGGAGUUCAUCAUGGAGUUUAUGGCAGACGACCCUGAUUGGCAACUCUUGCCCACACCAAUCACUAUCAAAGAAUUUGAGGAACUUCCCUUCGUUCGGUCGGUCUUUUUCCACUUUGGGAUGAACUUUUUGGAUAAUCCAAAAUCUGUCAUCUAUACUAAUACUCGCGGCGGUGCCGAGGUGAAAAUACGGGUUUCCGCCGACAUCGUGCGCGACGUCGUCUUCCAUUAUCAACUCAGAUUCGCGCAGAAGGAAAAGAAGCACGAAACUGAUUAUAAAGGAGCAAAAUUGGACCGCUUUGUCUUCCAGUCCAUGAUGAACGACCACGUGAUCUACAGCGUUCACGUGCCCACUACCGGAGAUUAUUUCCUUGAGAUUUUUGCAAACAAAAUCGACGAUUCUCACAAAAUUGGCGAGGACCCUAACGCCCCGAUGAUGCCUUUUCGACUCAAAUGUGCUUGCAAAUUCCGCGUUGUCUGUGAAACAUUGACUAACAAAAUGCACCCACUUCCAAAUUGCGCCGCUGGGGAAUGGGGCCCUGAGAAGAGCGUCCGCCACUUUAACCUCAUCCCGCUCACACACAAGUCUGGCGUUGUUACCACGUCUGACAGCAUGGAGAUGCAGUUCCGUAUGCCGCGAAAAUUGCAUUUUGUGACCAAAUUGCGCAUGAACGGCAUCGACGAUCAUUUUUUGGAUCGCUUUGUGAAGCAGAGCAUUUCUGGUGAUGUUGUAACCCUGUCCGUACAAUUCCCGCAGACUGGACAAUUUGGACUGGAUAUUUACGCUCGCCCAGUGGAAGCCUCUGAUAACCAUACUCUUGCACACGCCUGCAAAUAUCUCAUCAACGUGGACAAGGUUAGCAACCCUGUAGAGCUGGAGCUCACGCGCCCCGAGAAUGCCUCAACUCACAUGAGCAAGGAAAAGUGGGGACCCACCUCGCUGUUUGAUAAAUUUGGCAUGAAAUGUAUCAAUUAUCGAGAUCCUAAAAUCAAGCUCAACUCUACCAACCAAAUCGUCGUAGAAUUUAGCGUCCCUGAAACUUUACAAGUGUCUUACCAUUUCCUUCGCGAGCCAGAUGAGGACCACAGAGACAAUGUCACCAUUGUGAGGGAAGACAGCAACAAAAUCGCUAAAUUUUUCAUCAACAUGAUUCGUCCUGGGAACUAUUUGCUGGCAGUCUAUGCAAAGUUUGAAAGCGAUCCCGGCAAAAAGAUGGCCAAUGUAUAUAAUUACAUGAUCAAAUAUGCCCCGGACGAUGGAAGUUUGGGCAAAAAGAAGUCGGGUUUAUUCAGAAAAUGAUGCCAUUGACAACGAUAAACCUGUUUUUGCCUUUCAGGGCCGAAAGUGAUAAGAAGGAAGGAAGCCAUAAAGACGGACUGUAGUUAUUAAGUCCUUUAAGUCCAUUCCUACGAAGACGUUUCUCUUUCGAGGGGCGUUGUUAGAUUCGGUGCUACCGGGUUCAAGUCUACCACACCUGGGUGUGGGUGUAUCGACUUUAAUUGGAAAAGUAUUGAAAGAUCGUGUUAGGCAUCCAUUUGAUGCUGUUUGAAGCACGCCGCAACACAAAUCUCGUAGUAAAUAUGCUAAAGGCAUUCCCACGGGAAAGUGUCUUAACCUGAUUAAAAGAAUAUGUAAAUCAAUUAUUUAAGGUGUACAUAUUUACCUAUAUUUAGUCACAAGUUUGUUAUGCUAAUUAAAGGGGAAAUUAUAUCUUACACUUCUGGAGUGGUAACUGCAUAUUAAUUAAAAAUCCAAUGAUUCUAGUAAUUGGUAUAUUACGAAUGGGGCUUAGCCAGAAAAGUAUGUCCUUUAUAUGAUGUAGGUGAUAAGUUGAGCUAAUUCUUAAUACUUUCAAAUUUAGUCCCAGCCAUUAAGAAUUCUUGGUUCCAAUUUAAUAGUAAAAUAACUAUUUGGUUAAAGAACCAGUGGCAAGGUAAUUCUCUAGAUGGCCUUUUCUUUACCAAUACACAAUAAACCCUUCCACACAAAUGAAAUAGAUUUAAGGGAGCCAAAUUGCAACAAUAUUAAUCUAUUUAUUAUUAAUAGUUUUAAAAGACUAAAUUUUAAACUUGUGGCCUUGGCCUGGGACAGCAUAACCUUGACCUUGUACACCUCAGCCUUGACCUGGGUAACUGAUCACUAUGAAUUGAUUCAGACAACAUGACAUGUUAUAUUAUGUUCAUAUAAGGUAGUCGGAACAACGGCAACGUAUUAUAUUCUUGUUUAACGUACCUUGUUAUUUUUUUAAUUACGUUACAUUGGAAUAUCAGAGUCAUGAAUUCAUGUUACCUUUGUUACAUUGAACCUUAUUUAUGUGUUUUAUCUAAAAUUCAUCAUAAGCAAUUUUCACCAGGCUUCGGCAGAAUCUAACAUAGCUUCAUAUACGAAGACGGGGACAAAACAAUAAGUGUAUGGUUCUUGAGACGAAAGUCCGCACUAAGUUUAUGAUAAUGAUGACAACAGCAAUAAUUAUAGUAAUUAAUAGUUUAUUAUGAUAUAUUUUCCGUUAAUAGGAGUAUACAUGUAUAUUAGUUCUGUGAGUUUGGUUAUGAGUUUUCAAGUAAAUCCUAUCCUAACCGACGGAUAAAACAUUACAGAUGAUGCUAUUCUGCUUUUUACUAACCGACGGAUAAAAACUAAAUGUCGUUAUAUUUUGUUCAUAAUUUUUACAGGCAUGGUCACCCCUAGAACUGUACAAAUUGUAAGUAGCACUCAUACAACAUGAUCAGGGACACACACUGUGGGGACUGCUGCUGAUAUUGUGUUACACUGUGAUUCCUUAUUGUAUUAAUCUGUUAAUGUUAUUCCAUUCUUACAUAGCUAUGCAAAAACUGGAAUCGGCACCAUUUUUUAGACUGUUUCUCUACCCUCGUAGCCUUUGAAUAUUUCGAACAUUUUCAACUGAAACAUGUUUAACUCACCACACGCAUUUCUAAAAUGGUCUUGCCUCUUUCCGUGAUUGAAAUAAAAAUAAUAGCCUUUAGUUAUGCAAUAUUUUCAUUUUUAAAUGAGGGUAGUAGACGUAAAAAACGGGAAAAGUGGGCGGUCAAUAGGAAUAGUCCAACCAUGGCGUAUAUAACAACAGGAUAUGAUCCACAACGCCAAAUGCACGUGUAUCAUUAUUACACGACGAGUUCAAGCAAAUCCUAACAAUAGUGCUUAUCAUUUCUUUUUGCAUAAUUUCUACAUUACAUGACCAACUAUAGCCAUCACGUUGUGUUUAGAGCAGCAAUGCUCAUAUGAUGCUGUCUUGUAAUGUGUGUGUACCCGACCACGGAUGAGCAAGGGCGUGCGGACCAGAACGGUUCGCAGGGAGAUUGUCGAGAUAUUGACACACCUUUCUCAUUUUCUUGAGAAGAUGUCGAGCGUGGACGAUUUCGGUGUCAUAUUAAGGUCAUGUGGUGUUUCUCAGUAAACCUGUACAGGAUGUACCCUUCAUAUGUACAAUGCUAUAUUUCUCAAUAAAAAAUUGGCUUUCA